AUGUCAAGUCUCGAUCAGAGCGAUCAGAGCGACCCGCGUAUCAUCAGGCUCUCCAAAUUCUUUAACGAUGUGCUGUAUGGCCGAAGAGCCCUCAAUUCCUCUCGGGACGGGAAGUUGUUCCUAGAAGCUUUAUGUGUGCAAGCAGAUCCGGCAGUAUGCGCUCACAAACUCUUGUCAAGCCCUUCAGGUGUCAAGUCUCUCCAGGCGUCGAUGAGAUUCGACACAUCGCCCGCGUUUCUAAACGACCACGCUCUUCCUCUGCUUCUCUAUCUACAGGACCCAUCUUUGAAAGCCAUCGACUCAGGAUCUGUUCUAUCAAAGCUCCUUCUCAGUAUCGUCGAACCGCCAUUCUUCUGGGAUGCAUACACCAAAGCGUUCAUAGGCUGUCUUCUCGUCCCAGCAGCAAUAACUUCCUAUGCAUGGCUACUUCUGCAUCUAGUUCGCAUCCCUGGAAACGUCUCAACCCCGUACGUUCAGCUUGCAAGCUCUCAUGUCUUGGACCUUAUCUUGAAGUCGCAAAACGGAGAGACCAGAAAUCUAGGGCAAAAGAUUAGGCACUCAUUGCCCUUGUCUGACGAUGAUUUACACAUUGAUGCUGAGGUGAAGCCUGGAGGACGGCAUGACAACGAUCAUGCUGACUAUCGACGUGUGUCGAUAAUGCCUACAGCAGAUGAGCUCUUAUCCAAGGACCUGCCUUUCUAUCGGCCAGCCAAUUUCAUUGACGAUCCCAACCGGCUAUCAUCCCGCCGUGCUUUGCAUGUGGACAAUCAAUUCCGAUUGCUCCGAGAAGAUAUGCUCGGAGACAUCAGGGAAGAGAUACAAGUUCUCAUGGGUAUGAAAUCCGGACGGCAUAAGGGCUCAGUGGUUGAAAAGCUCCGGCUAUAUUCGAUUGAAAUGGGUACCGAGAAGAGGCGCCAAGCCUGGGGCGUAAAGCUUCAGUGUCGGGAGCCUCUGCCUCAUCUCAAGAAAAUCCAUCACGACAAGCGAAAGGCGUACCUAAGAGACAAUCGCGACAUACUUCGCCAGGGAACAAUGGCCUGCAUUUUCAUUGACAAUGAACCUGCGGCUUUCCCAUCAAUUCUCCGCAUCGAGGAUGAGCUUGCCAGCGAAUCUGCGGUAGUAACCGUUCAGUUUCAAGAUGACGAUACUCUCACAUAUGCGCUAUUGAAGAUGAAGUCCGCAGCAAGCAUCAGAUUAGCUCAAUUGGACACGGCUAUCUUUGCGUAUGAGCCAUUUCUACGACGCCUCCAAAGCAUUACCGAUCUGCCAUUAGCCGAGGAGCUACUUCACUGGGAGGACGGCAAGGGCACUGGAAAAUCCUUUCUGGGAGCAUUGGUUGCGAAGGUACUGCACGACUCGACUAGUGAAGUUAUUCUCGUCGUGUGCUUUACCAAUCACGCUCUUGAUCAGUUUCUCGAGGAUUUAAUGAAGAUCGGUAUACCGUCUGCCAACAUGAUUCGCCUAGGAGGCAAGUCUACAAAUGCGACGAAGCCUCUCAUGCUGCGGGAGCAAAAUUCCGUGAAGCUGAAUGCCUCUCACUGGACCGAAAUAGACAAAUUGAAGCAGAGUCUCCGCGCGCACGAGAAUAGACUCCAGGAUGCUUUCGGCCGAUACCAGUCGACGAACGUUCAGAAGCGCCAUUUAAUGGAAUAUCUCGAGUUCCUUGAAGAAGACAUGCCUUAUUUCGAAACAUUCACAGUACCGGCUGAAAAUGAUGGAAUGACGCGGGUCGGGAGGAACAACAAAGCAGUGGACCCCUACUACUUGCUCGAUCGAUGGAUAAGAGGGCAGCCAGACUCGGGGUCUUUUCGGCAUGCACAGCCUAAGGGUGCUACUGCUGUAUGGGAAAUGCCAGUUGAUGCGCGGAAUGAAUGCAUGAAUCGCUGGAAAAAUGCAAUAUUGAGCGAUCUCGUCGCAGAAGUGAGAGAUGCAGGAAGGGCAUUCAAUGCAGACCGGACCGAAUUAGACCGUGUAUUUGGGGAGCGAGAUACCACUAUUAUCAAGAGCAAGCGCAUCAUCGCCUGUACGACCAACGGUGCAGCCAAAUUCACAUCUGCUAUCCAGUCAGCCUCGCCAGGAAUCGUCCUCGUUGAGGAAGCCGGAGAGAUUCUAGAGGCUCACAUCCUGACGUCUUUGGGUGCGAAUACACAGCAGCUCAUUCUCAUAGGAGACCACCAGCAACUUCGCCCCAAAUGUUCGUACGAACUCAGUGUCGAAAAGAACGAGGGAUUCGACCUUAACCGAUCUCUGUUUGAAAGAUUAAUCUUGAAGGGUUUCCCACAUGUGACACUGACAAAACAGCAUCGAAUGAGGCCGGAAAUAUCGUCGAUGGUUCGUCUUCUAACCUACCCUGAUCUAACCGAUGCGGACACAACACUUCAACGACCCGACCUUCGUGGAUUCAGAGAUAACAUCAUAUUCAUCGAUCACAAUGAGCCAGAGAUAGAGCUGAUUAACGCCAAAGAGUUAAAAGACGGCAAAACAUCUUCUAAACAAAAUGAUUUUGAAGCUCAGAUGAUCUUGAAAUGUGUUCGCUACCUGGCACAGCAAGGAUACGGGACUGACAAAAUGGUCGUGAUUACACCAUACUUGGGACAGCUGAAACAUCUCCGUGAUCUUCUGGCCAAAUACAACGAUCCGAUUCUUAACGACCUCGACAAAUUCGACUUGAUACGUGCCGGGCUGCUUUCAGAUCUCGGUUCGAAGAGUACGAAACCUGCACUUCGAAUCUCAACUAUCGAUAACUACCAGGGCGAAGAAAGCGACAUAGUCUUGGUUUCUAUGACACGGAGCAACAAAUCACACGAUAUUGGCUUCAUGGCAGCUCCGGAACGAUUGAACGUUUUGUUAUCGCGUGCUCGGGAUGCUCUCAUCAUGAUCGGCAAUUCUGAUACUUUCAUCAACGCUCGAAAGGGCAGAGAGAUAUGGCGGAAGCUACUUGACCAUCUGAAAGAAAAUGGGCAUGUUUACGAGGGGUUUCCGGUAAAAUGCGAGAAACAUCCAGAUCGGGCUGCACUUCUGUGUUCCCCGAGCUCGUUCGAUACUGAAUGUCCAGAUGGAGGCUGUAAAGAACCCUGCGGUGCCUCCCUCAAAUGUGGCCUCCACAAGUGUCCCAGCAGCUGCCACCAAAUAUUCGAUCACUCCAAAAUGAAAUGUGAAGCCGUCAUGAACAAGAAAUGUGCUAAUGGUCAUCCUCAAUCCUGGAGAUGUUUUCAAGGUCCUAUAACGGCAUGUUCAAUCUGUGAGCGCGAGAGAAAAUUGGCCGAAAAGAAGGCAAAGAAAGCCCUCGAUGAUAAAUUGAGCCGAGACGAAAAGAUGCAAAGGCAUCAAAAGGAAAUCGAAAAGCUGGACGAGGAAAUUGAAAAGGUUGUCCAGAGCAUGAAGGAUAUGCGUAUCGAAUCUGAGCAGGCGAAGCUCCUCGCUCAGAAACGAAAGGAUCUUGAAGCUGCCAAACAGCGAGCAAAAACUUCUGCAGCAAUGCCCGAAGAUCGUCGACCGAGUGAGUUAGACGCAGAAAUGCCCGUAUAUCGUCGACCGAAGACAACAUCUUGCGGCCCCCGAUCUACACCACCCACAAACACAAAGGCUUCUGGUCAGCCUGCUGUAGCCUCACAAUCCGCUUUCCAGUCUUCUCGAAACCAACUUCGAAAUUAUAUUGAGGCUGCUAUUGAUCACAACAAGUCCCCGUCCAAAACUGAGUGGCAACGACAGAAGGAUCAAGAGAAUACAGUCAAUCCAGCAAUCGACGAUAUCAUGGAAAUGAUUGGGCUUGAAGAGGUCAAAUCACAAGUCUUGAGGAUCAAGUCAAAAGUCGAAACAUCAAUUCGGCAAAACACCGACUUGAAAAAGGAACGCCUCGGGCUUGUUCUCCUAGGAAACCCCGGUACAGGCAAAACCACAGUCGCAAGACAUUAUGCGAAAGUUCUCACAUCCCUUCAAGUUCUAGGUGGGGAUGAAUUUGUCGAAACGACUGGGUCUCGUCUCGCACACGGUGGUAUCACUGAAGUCAAAAACCACCUCGCCCAACUCGAAAAGGCUGAAGGCGGCGUCUAUUUCAUCGACGAGGCUUAUCAACUAGCUGAAGGCCACAACUUUGGCGGAAAAACUGUGCUCGACUUCUUGCUGGCCGAGAUUGAAAAUUUUGUAGGGAAAGUCGUCUUUGUGUUUGCUGGGUACCGAAAGGAGAUGGAGAAGUUCUUUGAGCACAACCCCGGACUGUCUUCAAGAAUUCCUUAUACGCUCCAGUUCGAGGACUAUACGGAUACAGAGCUUCUGCAGAUGCUGCAAUUCCAAAUGAAUAAGUUCUAUCAUGGCUCAAUGGUUGUCGAGGACGGGCCUGAUGGGCUCUAUAUGCGCAUUGCGACUCGCCGACUCGGGAGAGGCCGGGGCAGAGAUGGAUUUGGAAAUGCCAGAGCAUUGGAGAAUUUAUUUGCUCGAAUUCGGGAACGCCAAUCGGACCGACUAUCGAAGGAACGCAAAGAAGGUCUUGCCCCGGACGACAAUUUCAUCACCAAGGAAGACCUCAUCGGGCCCGAUCCAUCCAAAGCUAUUCUCACAUGCGAUGCCUUGGUCCGGCUUCGGCAACUUACGGGAUUGAAGUCAGUCAAGGACUCUGUCGACUAUUUGAUUGAUCUUAUCAAGACAAAUUACCAAAGAGAAAUCGAGGAGGUCAAACUGGUCGAUGCCGCUCUCAAUCGUUGCUUCCUCGGCUCACCAGGUACGGGAAAAACGACUGUUGCAAAGCUGUAUGGCCGCAUCCUCGCUGACAUUGGGCUCCUGAGUAACGGAGAAGUCGUCACUAAAAACCCAUCCGACUUUAUCGGUAGUGCCAUAGGUGAAAGCGAAAAGAAUACAAAAGCGAUACUUGCAAGUACGGUUGGGAAGGUCUUGAUCAUCGACGAGGCAUACAUGCUUUACACAAGCUCUGGGGCCGGCGGUGGCGGCGCUGGAGCCGCCGAUAUAUACAGAACCGCUGUCAUCGACACCAUAGUUGCAGAAUGUCAGAGCGUGCCAGGAGAGGAUCGAUGUGUAUUACUCCUGGGAUACGAGCCUCAGAUGGUCGAAAUGUUUCAGAACGUUAAUCCGGGCCUUACUCGGAGAUUUCCAAUCGCAGACUCCUUCCGCUUUGAAGACUUCACUGAUACGGAGCUGGAGGAAAUCCUCCGUUUCAAGUUGAAAGAUCGAGAUCUCGGGGCAACCGAAGAGGCUGUUUCCGUUGCGGUCGGCGUUCUUGCCAGAGCUAGAAACGGGCUUCACUUCGGUAACGGUGGUGAUGUUGAAAAUCUCAUUUCGAAGGCCAAAAGCAAUUACCAAGCACGACAAUCAAAACUGCCUUCCGCCGACAGGUCUACCAGAUUCCACUUCGAACCUCAAGAUUUUGACCCGGAUUACAAUCGAGCUGCCGGAGCAGAGAAUAACCUGCAGGAAUUAUUCAAGGAUGUCAUUGGUUGUGACGAGAUCAUCGCGAAACUCGAUGGCUUUCUACAGGUGGCCAAAGGGAUGCGAGCUCAAAAUCUCGACCCUCGAGGUCAGAUUCCCAUGAAUUUUUUGUUUAAGGGACCACCGGGCACCGGCAAAACGACAACUGCGAGGAAGAUUGGGCAAGUCUAUUACGAUCUGGGAUUCCUCACCCAAGUCGAGGUUGUCGAAUGCUCCGCGAGCAACCUCAUUGGGCAGUACGUAGGCCAGACUGGACCUAAAGUUAUUGCCCAAAUGGAACGCGGGCUUGGAAAGGUUCUUUUCGUCGACGAGGCGUAUCGUCUCGGCGAAGGCUUGUUCGCUCAGGAAGCAGUGAACGAGCUGGUUGAUAACAUGACGAAGCCAAAGUUCAAGGGCAAACUGGUCAUCAUCCUCGCUGGUUACAAUGAUGACAUGGACAAGCUGCUGCGAGUCAACGAGGGACUCUCGUCACGCUUUGCCGACGAAAUAAUCUUCCGACCCCUGAAUGCAGAGAAUUCAUUGCACAUCCUCGAAGCCCAGCUUCAGCAAAGCAAAAUUCAGCUUCUAUCUUUUCAAGAGCCUGCUGCCUAUAAAGAGCUUCUAGGUCCUAUGGCGGAACUCUCCCAGCUCCCAGCUUGGGGUAAUGCACGAGACGUACAGACCUUGGCGAAGAGCAUUGUCAGAGCUGCAUUCCUCCUGAAAGAUCCUGCUAAAUUUGGUGAUCAGUUGAUAUUGCCACAUGAAGUAGCUAUGCAUUGUCUAAGCACCAUGUUGUCGGAUCGCCGCGCCAGGGAUAAGAACACGAUUGUUGCUCAGCCUUCUUCUCAAAUUCUGGUUCAGCAGCUCGACAACGACCCGCGGGCUCAUCCGCCUCAGUACGGUACCGCGAAUAAGACGGCGGCCAAGGAAGAUGCACAGCCAACGGAACAGCAUACUAGCCACGAUCAAGUAGCAGCAGGUGCUGAUCACCGAGAUCCAGGAGUUUCUGAUGCUACGUGGGCCCAACUCGAGAUUGACAAGCAAAUCAGCAUACUCACUGCGCAAAACUGCGAGAGGAUAGCUCGCAGUCAAGAAGAAGCAAUUCGCCUUGCAGCAGAAGCCGAGAAUCGGGCUGGCGAAGACGUAGUUCUCUUUGACGAAGUGCAAGCGAGGCACAAAAGCGAGGUCGACGAGUUAAUGAGAAGGAGGGAGGAGGCAAGAAUUAAUGGGGUUGAGGCCAAGGCUGAGGCCGCUCAGGCUGAGAUCGAAGCCGCACAGGCUCGGGUAGACGAGGCGUUGAGAAAGCGGGAAGAAGCCAGGACUCGUCAGGCAGAGGCGAUGGCGAGAAGGGAGAGGAUUGAAAAGGAGCAGGAGGGUAGACGGAGAAUGGAGCAGACAAGGAAGCAGACGGAGCAGCGGGCGCAGGCCAAGUUGAACCAGAUGGGCAUAUGUCCAGCUGGAUAUCGAUGGUAUAAAAGCUCAGGGGGGUAUCGCUGUGGCGGGGGCAGCCACUUCGUCGGCGAUGCGCAGCUUAGAGAUUGA